UCCAAGAUUGGCCGUGCUGCUCAUUUUCUGGCAGCUGCUAUCGCUCACUACCCUUGCUGGUAGAUACGUUUCUAGAAUAAAGAAGAUUUGGAACAGAAAAUGCGUGCGCUUCUCCAAGUCAAGGCCCUAGAUUUUUUUAUGAUGUCCCAUUGCAAUCCUUAUGACGCAUGGAGUUCAACAAAAAAACUACAGAAUAUCUCGUCAGGAACCGUUACUCUUCUUGGUGCCCUCAGUUCAGCGUUUGGUCAGCUCUUCAACGUGUGGAUCAUCUACAGAGAGAUCGGAUGGUAUGCCGUCAUUCCCAUCGUCAUCACCCUCAUCACCAACUGUUCUCCACUUGGUUUCCCAAAAGAUCGAGAACUGAGACAACUGAAUCAAGCGACCAAAAUGCCCAGGUUUCAAGAUGAUUACUACAGCAUACUUAACAACAUCCGCACAAUCAAGUUCUACGCCUGGGAGAAUGUGUUCAUAGGUGUAAAGGCAUUCAGAGAUAAGCCAGACUAUGUUCCACCAAUGUUCUGGCAUAUGGCAAGCUACAGUGUCAACCUCAUCGGGUGCGCGUCCUCACAGAUUUCCGCGGCGCUGACAAUUAUUGUCUUUUUUGGUGCAUCCAGCAAGCCUGUAUAUACCCGAAAAUCGCGCUGUUAGUGGACUCAAUCGACUCGCUCACAAAUUUUACCAAAACGAUUGCUUCUGUUGGAAAGACAAU